AUGAACAAAACAGUUAAAAGAGAAGGAAUAUAUUUCAACGGUUUUUUAAGAUAUAGUAAAAAGAAAAAGAUAGCAAAAAAUGAUAAUGAAUAUUGUGGGUUACAAACACAACUAAACAAUUUAAGCAGCCAUAAGAAUAUUACUAAUUCACAUGACAUACCCAACGAAAAGGAAAAUAUACAAAAUAAAGAAAAUGAUGUUAAAGAACAAUACGAAGCAGAGGAAAAAAAGGAAUGUAAUUUUAUAGACAACGAUAUCAAGGGUCUCAUUGAUGAAAAAGAUAUAGUAGAUAUACAAUUGAAAAAAAAAAUUACUAGCAAUUUUGGAAAAAAAGACAAAUAUAAUAUUGAAAAUGGUAUUAAUUUCCCUAAAUCAGACUAUGUUAAUUCUUUAAAUAGGAAAAAUAAGUAUAAAAUUCAAAAUGGCUUAAGUGGGUUAAAAAAAAAAAAAAUAAAUAAAAAUAAAUUAGACAAUGCUUUAAAAGAGAAAAAUAUAACAUUUUCAAAAAAAGUGGAAAUAACACAAAAAAAAAAAAAAUUAUUACAUAAAAAUAAAAAUUAUCCAAAGAGCUUAAACAAAAUUGAUAAACGUUAUGUUGUGGAAAAUUAUAUUAAAAACUUUCUUAAUAAAAAACAAAGGAAUAAUGUGAAACCGGAAACAUACAAAUAUAAAUAUGAAUUGCCUACUAUAGCUUCUCUAGGAAAAGCAAAAACAUUAAGCUAUUUUAAUUAUGCAUUUAAAGAAGAUAUAUUAAAUGAUACCGCGAAGCUUAUCUUAAACAAUUUAUCUAAUAUAUAUUUUGAAAAUUCGGUUUUACGCUUUAUUAAUUUGCGUAAAAAAAAAAAAUUGACAAAAAAAAAAAAAAAUUAA